GUCAGGUAACCAGAAACCGCGCUUUCAUUCUGUGCAUGAAAGAAACGCGUGAAGUGCGUCGCGGUGGGAGAGGCACAAAGUUUGCAGUGGAUGUUUGAAUAUCGUUUCUUUUACUUUAUGUCAUCAUAACAGCGUUUUGUAUAUCGCUUGGCAUAAGUUUCGAACGAACCGGUUUUAAACGUUGAAUUGAAGCCAUAAAUCCUUCCUUUGCUCUUGGCGAAGCUCCUCAGGUGUUUUGUUCUCCAGCAGAAGACACGCUAAAGUUUGCCGAUCCAUUAGGCGUCGAGACAUCCGAUGCAAACUCUUGCCUACAUUUGAACUAUAUUAGUUCCGCUUUCUGCUUGUUUGUAUAUAAACACUUCAUUACCUAUUCAGAAGGACAUAAGGGCCAGUGCAUCAGGUCCAGGAUGGAACAGGAAGCUGAGAAGUACCAGCAGCGACUGAAAGCUAUAGCGGAGAAACGGCGGAUAAAGGAGGAACAGGAGCGGGCCAAGAGAGAGCUUGAGGAUGAGAGACUGAGAUUUCAGCAGCUCAAGAGGAAGUCCCUCAGAGACCAGUGGCUGAUGGAAGGACCUCCUACAUCUCCUGACAGUACGGGACCUCGAUCACCCCUCUGGGGUGCUAAGGCACAGGAGAUGGAGACACACAUUAACAAAUUACAGGUGACGUCUGAGCAGUUGGCAGAGGAAGAACUGACAACUGAGCGCAACUCAUUGAAGACGGGUUUCCAGUCAAACUGGCACAGACACGCAGACACAACAUAA